AUGACUGUUCUACUGUCUGCCUUACUCUUGGUGCUGGCUCUCCUAUCCUUCUGGAGGAUGGCAAAAGGGAAACCGGGGCCCAAGGCAAACUACCCCAGAUGCAUGCCAUCCCUGCCAGUCAUCGGAAGCCUUUUUCAUUUUAUUGGACAUACCCAGUACCAUCUCUUUUUCCACAGAUUGCAGCAGAAGUACGGCAGCCUCUACUCCUUGUACAUGGGCUCCAGUUAUGUAGUAGUGGUCCACGACUAUACCCAUGCCAAAGAGGUGCUGCUUAAGAAAGGGAAGAUCUUUGGUGGCAGACCUCAAAAGGUGACAACAGACUUGCUGACUCGAAACGGGAAAGACAUUGCCUUUGCCAAUUACAGCCCAGUCUGGAAAGUUCAGCGCAAGCUGGCACAUUCUGCACUUUCCAUGUUUGGAAAGGGUUCUCUGGCCCUGGAGAAAAUCAUCUGUCAAGAAGCAGCUACUUUGUGUGAACUUCUGAGUGCUAAACAGGAUUUGCCCCUGGACAUGGCACCUGAACUGGCACGUGCCGUUACUAAUGUGGUGUGCACCAUCUGCUUUAACUCCUCCUACCAGCGUGGAGACCCCGAGUUUGAGUCCAUGCUCCAAUAUAGCCAAGGCAUUGUGGAUACUGUAGCCAAGGAGAGCAUGUUGGAUAUCUUCCCAUGGCUUCAGUUCUUUCCCAAUAAAGACUUGGCACUCCUGAGGAAGUGUGUGGAAGCAAGAGAUCAGCUCCUACAGCAGAAGUUUGCAAAACAUAAAGAAAUGUUCAGCAAUGAGGAUUCCGCCAAUUGUUUAAUAAGCGUACUCCUGAGAGCCAAACUCAACAUGGAAAACAACAAUAGUCAUCUGUUGCCUGGGCAGGAGCUGACAGACGACCACCUGCUCAUGACAGUGGCUGACAUCUUUGGAGCUGGUGUGGAGACGACCACAACUGUGUUGAAGUGGAUUGUGCUCUACCUCCUGCACUACCCAGAGGUGCAGCAAAAGAUCCAAGAGGAACUGGAUCAGAAACUUGGCUUUAACAGAUAUCCUCAGCUUGAUGACCGGCAACACUUGCCUUAUUUGGACGCUACCAUUAGUGAAACUCUGCGCAUCCGGCCUGUAGCUCCACUCCUUAUCCCACACGAGGCACUGGCAGAUACAAGCAUUGGGAAAUACGACAUUCCAAAGGGAGCUCACGUUAUGAUUAACCUGUGGUCCAUUCACCAUGAUGAGAAAGAGUGGGACAAGCCAGAGGAAUUUAAUCCAGGACGUUUCCUGGAUAAGGAUGGGAAGAGAAUCGCCUCUCCCUCACCCAGUUAUCUUCCCUUUGGAGCUGGUAUCCGGGUUUGUUUGGGAGAAGUCCUGGCCAAGAUGGAGCUGUUCCUCUUUAUAGCUUGGACCUUGCAGAGAUUCACACUCAGCGUCCCUCAAGGCCACACACUGCCUGAACCAGAGGGGAAAUUUGGAGUUGUGCUUCAAGUACCAAAGUUCAAAGUGAAGGCCACACUGCGGGAAGCUUGGAAGGCCAAAGUAAGAGAUGAGUGA